AGGGCCCCUGGGCGCUCAGCUCGAUACUGGUGGCCGUGACGUCAUGCACGAAACUUUGAUACAAUGCCCUCCAUAUUUUGGGGGAAGUUGAGCGUUCAACAGAUAAGAGCAACAUGUGACGUAGCGAAGACAUAUAGAUUGUCAAUGGAAUUUUUGCGUAAUUGACGCGACUCGCUUGGAAAGCGAAGGGUCGCUGAAACACAGUUGGGAAGUUUUUUAGGUGAAUGGUUCGUGUAACACCCAACUAUAUAGCGGUUUAUUCUCGGGUAGACACGCGGGCUCCUUUGGCGUGUAUCGGAAUUUGUUUCCACCGAGUUGUUUUUGUGUUUUGUUUUGUUUUUUUAAAUGAGGAACCCGUUGGACAGACGCUUUUAGGAUUGUUCUUCGGCGACAAACAGCCCUUCUCGGACCUCCGUCGCCGGGCGAGAGUCGGGCAUCGUCCGUUGGAGGAGUAUCAGAAUGAUAAAGCCCAAAGUGGGUCGGAUGUUUCUGGCGACAUGCGUCGGCUCGUUUUUCAUUCUUAUAUUAUACUUCCAGAACAUCUCGAGAUCAGCUUCUGAACAGUUUUCGGGCCAGAACAGUUUUUCAAUUAAAUCAGGAAGAAGCCCUUUGCAGACACUUCAAGAAAAUGACCAGCUGGAGCAGUCUGCAGUGCAGGCCACUCUGCAGGGUCGAAGGGAACUCCUGGAGGAAACCUGUCGCACCCACACCCGCAAAAGACGCGUACUCGGCUCGGAGGACCUCCGCCACCUCAUAGUGGAUGAUAAACACAAGUUACUGUAUUGCUAUGUCCCCAAAGUGGCAUGUACAAACUGGAAACGUGUGUUGAUGGUUCUAACAGGAGAUGGGCGCUAUCGUGAACCACUGGCUAUUCCAGCAAAUGAGGCUCACGUAGUGGGCAACCUGCGUUCGCUCUCGGAGUACUCCACAGCCGAGAUCAACCAGCGGCUACGCACAUAUCUGAAGUUUGUCUUUGUGCGUGAACCCUUCGAGAGACUUGUCUCGGCAUAUCGCAACAAGUUUACCCGUAGCUACAACACGGCCUUCCAUAAACGCUACGGGACCAAAAUCAUCCGGAGGCAUCGUGUGGACCCCCAGGCUGAAGCACUGGAAAAAGGCAAUGAUGUCUCCUUUGAGGAAUUUGUGUAUUAUUUAGUAGACCCCCAGACUCAGAGAGAGGAACCAUUUAAUGAACACUGGGAAAGGGUUCACUCACUUUGCCACCCUUGUCUGAUCCAUUAUGACGUGGUGGGCAAGUAUGAGACUCUUGUGCAAGAUUCACGCUACAUCCUGAAGUUAGCAGGUGCCGAAGGAGAGGUCAAAUUUCCCGCCAUGUCCAAGAGCACCAGGACCACGGGUGACAUGGCUGCCAAGUUCUUCAACAACAUCAGUCCGUUUUACCAGAAGAAACUCUUCAACCUUUACCGAAUGGACUUCUUGCUUUUUAACUACUCUGUGCCGGCAUACUUGAAGUUGAGAUGAACAGUACAGCGAGUUUCAACUGAUCCUAAAACUUGCACACAUGGAUGUGAGUGUUGUGGGCAUUGACUAAAAUUUUGCAUGUGUCUGGGUUCGAGUGAAUUUCCUGAGGGAACCUAUAGAGGAUGCUCCUUGGAUAUGGCAUCUCCAUUGGUCCCUUGAGGUGAAAUUCAGCACUGUGAACAGAUUAGUGCUGGCUGGGGUGUUGCAUCCCAUCCCAAAAGUUCACAAAAUACUGUCUGUAAUUCCUUUGGCUUUGGCAACUUUCGACCGAGCUCCAAGUAUGUGCCUUUGUCCUUCUGAAUGUUGAUAAGUGAAGCAGGAUUCUUCAUCAACAGAAAAAUGCUAGGAAUGUUUCAUCUACUUUAAUCUUCACCACCAAAAUGAUAUUUAUGGUUGUUUACGUAGCAUAUUUAUUGUGGAUUUUGCUCUUGAACUGGAUCCAGCAAAGCCUCAACUUUAAUCUCGAAGAGAUUCCUUGAAGCUGAUCUCAAAGCCUUCUUUUUAACAUUCCCUGGAUGUAGUUCCAGACCUCAACCUUACUCCCAAUCAGAAAGGUAGUUUCCAGGUCUAAAGGUAUCAAACGGUCAACUGUUUCAAGCAGAUUGGUGGUAAUAUGUUGGAGGGAGUAAAAGGUAAGGGAUGAAUUUAGACUUCUCUUGCAGUCACAAACUGAACAAGGCUGUCUACCUUGGGCAGUUUAGAUACUCUGGUAAGAAAUGGCAUACUCAUAGAGUCUCCACUUUAUUUAACAUGCAACGGGCUGUGUAAACAGUGCAUAGCUGUGGUUGGGAAAAGGUAGACCCUCAUCAGUGUGGCUCUUGUUGAGCUAUGGAUGCAGGGUGAGGUGCAAACUACUCACUUGCCAUUGCAGGUCAAACAUCAGCAUGAUCCUGGGAGGAAACACUCGUUUUAUGAAUUUGUAAUAAGGGUUGAAGUGCAAUAAAGGUUUUUAGAGAGGUACCAGUGUGUUUGAUUCAGUAGAGGAUUAUCUUUCCCUUAGAACUCUUAAUGUGAGAGAAAAUCAAUCCCUGACAGUAGAGUUUAACAUCUUAUUUGUUUUCAUGACUAUGUGAAAUGUUCUUUUGGUUCAUUAGCACUUGGUUGAAAUGACCAUUAAUAAUUUAGGUAUUUCUUCUUGUCUGCUAAAAAGCCUAUGGUUAUGGUUGAAAUGAUGAAAUCUUUAGAGAAAGGUUGAGAAUUAAUCGUCUGACUGAUUUGAAAGUUACAGGAGUGCCAGUGCUUUUGUCCUGUCAUAAUGUCAUUAUUCUGAUGUAAAAUUAUGAAUGUUGUUUGAAUGGGUUGAUUCAUAUGAGAAAUGUGAGUGUGGGAAAGCCUUCCACUGUAUGAGCUGUUGAGAUUGUGGCAACAGUGUGUUCCAUUUGUGAUGUAACUAACAGUUUGCACCUGUUUUGAAAGCUUGUGGGCAUACAUGUACUGCAAAACUGUGAAUGCCAAUGUGCACUAGACAAUAUGGAAUCUUGCGUUGAAGGGUAAAUUAACUUGUUUUCAAUGUUUUAGUUUUUUUCCCCCAAGGAAUACAUCAACCAACAGUGAUUUCAUGUGCUUUCAUUUUUUGUUACAUAACAUUUUAUAAAGGCAAACUGCCUCUAGUACGACAGUUAAACUCUGUUUUCUGGACAAAUAUGUUAGUUUUAUUUUUUUUUUUUACUGUUUUAGGGACCACAACACUUAAACUAGAAAAAUCAUGUGCGUAAGGUUAAUUCUAAUUCAGAGUAAAGAUAUUACAAAUGUGUUGAAUAAAACUGCCACAUGAACAAUA